AUGGCCGAAGCCGCCAACCACACGAGCCUCAUUUCUCACGUAGAGUUCACACUGCUCGGGUUCCCCGGUUUCUACGCAUUCCGGCGUCUCCUGUUCAUCCCGUUCUUCCUCAUCUACAUCAUCACCCUUUCAACCAACGGUGUUCUCAUUCACAUCGUGAGGACGGAGAGCAGCCUCCACUCCCCGAUGUACAUCCUGAUCGCCGCACUCUCCGCCAUCAACAUUUGCGGCACGUCCACCGUUGUCCCCAAGAUGCUCCUCGGCUUCCUGAUGGACUUUAAUCGCAUUUCACUGGUUGGGUGUUUGGUCCAAAUGUUCUUCAUCUACUUCAUUAUCAUGAUGGACUGUAAUGUCCUCUUGAUGAUGGCUUUGGACAGGUAUGUUGCCAUCUGCAUGCCGCUGCAUUACACCAACAUCAUGAACAGACGAGUAAUGAUUACCCUCGUCGUGGCGGCAGUUAUUCGGAGCGUUUCAUUCGUCAGCCCCGUUACUUACCUGGCGUCCAAGGUGCGGUUCUGUGGCUCGGACACCAUACGCCAUUUUGCUUGUGAGCACAUGGCGCUUCUCAGCCUAGUUUGUGGAAACAUCUCCAAAAACAAGAUAGUAGGGCUGAGCCUUCGAGUGACCUCCAUCGUCUUUGACUUGUCUUUCAUCUCUGCCUCCUAUGGCAGCAUCACACGAGCUGCGUUAAAGAUCUCCACUGGAGCGGUGAGGCACAAAUCACUACACACCUGCGCUACACACCUCCUGGUCAUUAUGGUUGUCUACUUCUUCAGUCUGUCCUCCUCCAUAGUCUACAGGAUCUCCCGAUCCGUCUCCCAAGACACCCACAAUUUGUUGAGUUCCAUCUACUUGCUCUUUCCCGCUAUGGUCAACCCCCUUAUUUAUGGCCUGAGGACAAAGGAGAUCAGAACGCGCUUUCUGAAAUCAUUAGGCAGACCCGGCGUGGCUGUUGGCCGCAUGAAACCCGUCACGGUGUCCUCUGGGGUGGGAGGAUUGUGA